AUGAAACUCAUACUUUUGGCUCUCAUUGUGUUACUCAGCUCAGUACAUGCUGGGAGAUACUUGAACGACACUGAUAUCUCCAUCAAGAACUUCAAUGAACACCUGUUACAAAUAUUUAAGAACCAUUCUGAUUCAAAAAAGGAGGUCUUCUUGUGGCCAGAGCUUAGAGAAGCCCUAUUCAUGUGCAUCAAGGAUAGUUUGCAUAAAUAUGUCAAGGAAAAAGAUGGCCUCAAAGUCUUUGGUUAUGACAAAGACAUCGAGAUUGUUUCACACAAAGUGGCCAAACUUUGGUGACUCAAAUUUGACGAAAGCGUUUUCACUAAAGAAGAAGUUGAUGAUUUUGUGAAGAAAACAGAACCAGAAAUCACUGAGUUCGCAGAUAACUUCAUUACAACAACUAUUGACAACCUCAUCGACCAGAGCAUCAAGGAAGACUUGCUAGAGUCAUGGCAAAACACUGAGGUUGGCAUUUCAAUCAUGAAGGAAAGACCAUUUGAGAGCUUCCUGACUUAUAAGACUUGGGCAUGGCUUCAAGCAAUGAAUGGCAACGAUACCCUUUGGAAGGAACCUCUUGAUGAUUUCAACCAUAUCUAAUAUAUACCAAUUUUG